GCAUGGCAUACAGCAAAGUAUGUGAUGUGCAGGGGGGAGCACUUGAUAGUGAGGCUCUACACUGCCCUGAGGCUUUGGACCCUGCCUGGAAUCUGGACAAGGAUGGGAUGCAGGAUCCAGGGCCAAGCAUGGACCACAUGCAGAUGCAGCAUGUGGAAUGCCCACGAUCAGUUUCAGACCGUGGCCCUGAUCCUGAGGUGAUGGAGUCCGUCCAGCCAUCAGUUUCCCCACAUGGACGCUUUGAAAGACUUCAGGAAGAUCCCAACUACAAUUCCCGCUUCACCAGGGCUCCGUACCACAAAGAACCAAGACAGCUGCAGUGCUUCACUUUCAGAUACCUGCUGGCAGGAUUGGUGCUUUUAGUUCUGGGCUUCCUUGUUGGCUGGUUCACCCACACAUCUUCCGUCAAACCUCGUCUUCCUGCCCCUGAAAGCUCCGGCCUGCUCAAAGAGCUGCUGGAAGGCAUCAAAGCUGACAAGAUAAAUUCACUUCAGAGGUCAUUCUCCAGUCUUUCAGAUGAGGGUGAAGAAGCCAGAGCCAGGUACCUCUACAGACAGUGGGUGGAAUUCGGUUUGACCAACAUUGAAGUGUCUGAACAUACAGUUCUGGUCAGCAAACCUGGUUCUACACCCAACACCAUCACUGACAGGUCGAGCCAUCAGUGCUUCCUGCCCACCGGGAUCUCAUGUGACCAGCGGGAACCAAAAGAUGGACUGCAGCAGCAGUUCUCUUAUGCAGCUUACUCUGCAACAGGAAGUGUCCAGGGGGAGCUAGUGGAUGUCCAAUACGGCAGUGUGGAUGAUCUGAGGAGAGCCAAAGACACCCUGAACCUGACUAACCAGAUAGCUGUGGUCAAGCUUGGAAAAGCUCCAUUAUUGUACAAGCUGGCCCUGCUGUCUCAGUGGGGAUUUGCGGGAGCUCUUUUGUACGUGGACCCUUGUGACGCUCCCUUCAGCCGCAGUAUCCUUCAUCAGAUCUUCAGAGUCACCCUGAAUCCUGGAGGAAGCCCUGCUAUUGGUGAGUGA